AUGCGAAAGCCCGGACCGACACGUGACCCACUGAAAAUGACUCCAACGACCAGGGAAAAGGAAGGGGGAGGUGGCACAAAAAGUGGGGCGAUCCGGACAGAUAUCUACAAUUUCGUAGUUAUUUUUUCUUUCUUUUUCUCUUUCUUCUUCUUUUUCUUUAAACGUACAGUUCAUAAUCCUAUCGCUCUUUUUUUCUCACUCAGUCCACUCGGAUUAUAUACCAACGGAUCGAUUAUCUUCUAUCUAUCUAUCUAUCUAUCUAUCUAUCUAUCUAUCUAUCUAUCUCUCCCUCUCUCUCUCUCUAUAUAUAUAUAUAUAUAUGCUACUCUCUCUCUCUCUGUGCCUAUCUCUCAGUCUCCUCUCUCUCUCUCUCUCUCUCUCUAUCUCUCUCUUUCACUGCGAAGUUCGUUAUCUAUCUAUCUAUCUAUCUAUCUAUCUAUCUAUCUAUCUAUCUAUCCGAGAUAA